AAAGGCGUCAGUUUGUUUUGGAGAAUCAAUGAGCAAUGGCGAUAAAUAAGAACGGAACCGAGGUGCAAGCCAUGAUUGAGGAAAAUAACGAAGAACAAUCCUACUUACAUUUAAUUCGAGAUAUCUUGAGCAAGGGAAACAAACGGCUAGAUCGUACCGGUGUUGGCACCAUGUCCAUAUUUGGUGCCCAGAUGCGUUUUAGUCUUCGAGACGGAGUUAUACCUUUGCUCACUACAAAAAAAGUGUUCUUCAGAGGUGUUGCUGAAGAGCUACUGUGGUUUAUCAAAGGCUCGACUAAUGCAAAAGAUUUGCAAGCUAAAGGAAUACAUAUUUGGGACGGUAACAGCACCAGAGAAUACUUGGACUCUUGUGGUUUUGUGGACAGGGAAGAAGGUGAUUUAGGACCAGUGUAUGGCUUUCAAUGGCGGCACUUUGGUGCUAACUAUGGAACAUGUCACGAUGAUUAUAACGGUAAAGGUAUUGAUCAGCUGGCUGAAAUAAUCGAGAAGAUAAAGAACAACCCUUAUGAUCGUCGAAUCAUCAUGAGCGCCUGGAAUCCUAUGGACAUCCCGAACAUGGCACUUCCCCCUUGCCAUUGUUUGGCCCAAUUUUACGUAGCAGAUGGGGAACUGUCCUGCCAGAUGUAUCAACGGUCGGCCGACGUAGGUCUGGGCGUACCCUUCAAUAUUGCAAGCUACUCCUUGCUCACACACAUGAUUGCCCACGUCACUGGACUUAAGGCAGGAGACUUCAUUCAUACAACUGGUGACACUCACAUUUAUUUAAACCACGUUGACGCUCUACGUAAGCAACUGAAAAGAAAGCCAUCAAAAUUUCCAACACUAGCAUUUAAACGAAAGGUAGAUUCAAUCGAUGAUUUUUGCUUCGAUGAUUUUGAAAUAAAAAAUUAUAACCCGCAGUCAACCAUUAAAAUGCAAAUGGCAGUUUAAAGGACUGGCUUCGAUAAUUUACUACAUAUUCACUGCAAAUGUGUCAGUAAAUUCGUUUAAAAAUAUACGCUACAAAAAUGUAAGUGAUUUUGAAGAAUUACAAAAGGUAAAAUAAAACAGAACUAAGAGAACAGAGCAGAAAAACUAGUUGAAUAACAU